UAUUCAACAUUUAUGAACCAUCCAGUUGGACGGAGCAAAGCUUUGUGUUUUCCACAUCGACUGAUUUUCACAAAAAAAAAUAUGGAAGGGUUUUUGAGAUUCUACUAGCAGUGUGGCAAGAUCUUAUUUCAAGUCAGUCGAUAUUGGAUUUGUGUUGUCGACGUCUCGGUUCUUACAAUCGACGUGAAUGGCAUCUGCCUCAUCUAGUGUAAAAGGUGUCGCUAGCAGUGUGAACACUUCAAUAAGAUGUUACAACGGUCACCGGAGAUCGUCUAGCCUGCCCAUUUCCCAUCCCUUCCCACGAGCUGAUAGCAUUGACAACGAAAAUGCUCAGUCCAAAAGUAGAAAUGACUCUGAAGGAAGGCAAAAUGUUUCCAUGAAUGUGAACGGAUUGGUGGACACUUUCAAUCAGAUUCAAGAAGGUCUUUCACGUCCUUCAAAAUUACUUAUGCAGAUUUUGGACGAGAAGGAAAACUUAUGCAAUGGAAGCGAAAAUGUAGUGGAUGAAAAAGUUUAUUUAAGAAUUGUCACGGCCUUGAAACAACUCAAGUCUAUUCAGGGCAAUCUUAAACACGUGCUUCCUCACUUUGAAGAGAUGAUGAAUGAUUACAGCUGUGUAAAAGAGCGGGAUCAGUCCAGAGAAGAGAUGCUGAAGACUUUAGACAAGGCGCUGCGUUGCAGCGAAGGGAGAUGUCUGGCAUUAAGUGAUCAACUACAGGACAUGAGGGAUGAAAAUAAAUGUUUGCGGGAAAAAGCCCAGCAAAAUGAAAGCAUCUUGAGAUUCCUUCAUAAGGACAAAACAGAGAUAAGCAGGCCAGGUAAUGAAACGGAUGGGCCGACAAUUCAUAAAAACACAGACACAAUACGACAUUCUGAUCUUACAUCGAAACUUGAGCAUUACCAAAAAGUUUUGCUUGAUUACGAGAUUCAACUAAAGGAAGUCGUUACUCUCAACAAAGACCUAGUUUUGAAAAUAGAUGAACGCGAGUCGGAGGUUAUGAGAUUAAAUUCUGAACUGAUGAACCAUCAGGAGACGCUCGCUGUAUACGAGCAGAGUUUCAACGACGUGACAAAUGAUAACAACGAACUCAGUUUGCUCUUAGGCACGGAACGUAAAAGAGCAGCUGAACUAAGUGAGAAACUGGAUGAUACUGAAGGUUAUAUCAGUUGUAUUACUGAUAAAGUAGCCUCUUACGAGGUGGAACUGCAGUAUUUACGAAAAGAACUGAAGAAAAGUUCUCAGGGGUUGACAUAGCAAAGCUAUGAAAACAUUCAACGAUGAUUCAAUUAUUUAGUACGCACUGUAAAUGAUCAACUUUGGCAUGCAUGGGGCCAUAUUUAUUGAACUAAAUUAAGAAAUACUCGCCAUUUCAA